AUGACGACGUACGGCACGAUUCCGACGUCAUCAGGCGGAGGUACAAAUCUCGAAUACCUCUCUCGAGCUAAAGCACGCAUAAAAUCUGGAUUAGGCACGCGGCGUUCCUGGAAAGAGAUGUUCAAUUUCCGUUCGGUUGACCUUCCUCACGGCGUCUCCGAUGCGUUUUCACGAAUCAAAAUAAACAUAGGUUACUUCCGUAUGAACUAUGCGAUACUCGUGCUGGUGAUUUUGUUCCUUAGCCUGUUAUGGCAUCCGGUUUCGUUGAUUGUAUUCGUGGUGAUGAUGGCGGCCUGGUUGUUCCUUUACUUCCUCCGUGACGAGCCUCUGACGAUGAGGCAGGUGGCUAUUUGGCAUCUUCUUCGUCUUAGAAGCAAACUUCAAUUCCUUCCACUGAAAUUAAGUUCUCCAUUUCUGCUCAAGCCUUACCUUCCAGUGUCAGUUAAUUGUAUCAAACCCAUCUACAUGCUUUUCUGUGUUGCUUUUAUCUGCUGGGGUGGUGCCUACCAAUGA